UCCCUUCCCCCCCAGACCUGACACAGCUAGGGAGCUGGGAGAUAGAGACUUACGGAGAGAUCAAACAGGGGAUAGACAGACAGAGAGACGGCCAGAGGGAGGGCCGGACAGACAGACAGCCAGACAGAGAGACGGCCAGAGGGAGGGCCAGACAGACAGACAGACAGACAUACACCCCGUGGUGGAGGUGCAGUAGCGGAGGCACCGUGAUUCUCUUGAGUAAUUAGUCUCUAUCAACAGUAGCUGACUGACAGAGGGAGAGAGGGACAAACUGUCCACACAAAUAACUAAAUAGAAGUAGAACGACAGACCAAGGAAUGGAGAACCAUGACAAGGGAGGAGGUGAAGGAGGAGGAGAAGGAGACAAGAAACAUCUCCCAGAGGAGGUGAGCGAGAGCGACAAGCGGACCAAGGACCAGCGCAACAAGGCAGAGAAGGGAGAGAAGGAGACGGAGAACGACGGCAGUGAAAAGGAGAGUGUUGAGGGGAAGAGGGAAAGCUGUCGUCACUCAGGCUCCCUGUGGAGGGGGGGCUGGGCUCUGACGGAGCGGCUAGCCAUCAACGUGUCGGGGAUGCGCUACGAGACACAGCUCCGCACUCUGGCCCAGUUCCCUGACUCCCUCCUGGGGGAUCCCCACCGCAGAAUUCGCUACUUUGACCCACUGCGCAAUGAGCUGUUCCUGGACCGGAACCGGAACUGCUUCGAUGCCAUCCUCUACUUCUACCAGUCUGGCGGGCGGCUGCGGCGGCCUGCCAACGUGCCCCUGGAUGUUUUCUUGGAUGAGCUGCGCUUCUAUGAGCUUAGUGAGGAGAUCAUGGAACGCUUCAAGGAGGACGAGGGCUUCCCCAAGGAGGAGGUGCCUGCGCUGCCUGAGAACGAGAUGCAGAGGAAGGUUUGGAUGCUUUUUGAGCACCCAGAAUCCUCCUCGGGCGCACGCAUCAUCGCCAUCAUCAGCGUCAUGGUCAUUGUGGUGUCCAUCGCCAUCUUCUGCCUGGAGACGCUGCCUGACUUCAGGAACGAGAAGGAGCUCAGAGAGAAAUUCACCUACCAGCCCCAUCCUACCCUCCCCAACGUCACCAUCCUGGUCCCUCCCACUGGCAGUGCUUUCCAUGACCCCUUCUUCCAGGUGGAGACCAUAUGUAUCUGCUGGUUCUCCUUUGAGCUCAUUAUGCGCUUAGCCAGCUCCCCCAGUAAGCUCCACUUCUUCAAGGAUGUGAUGAACACUAUCGACUUCCUCGCCAUCAUCCCCUACUUCGUCACUCUGGGCACAGAGCUGGCCAGGGACAAAACCUCCAACAAGGACCCGGGCAUGUCUUUGGCCAUCAUCAGGGUCAUUAGGCUAGUCAGGGUGUUCAGGAUCUUCAAGCUGUCGCGUCACUCCAAGGGCCUGCAGAUCCUGGGCCAGACUCUGAAGGCCAGCCUGAGAGAGCUGGCCCUGCUCAUCUUCUUCCUCUUCAUCGGAGUCAUCCUCUUCUCCAGCGCCGUCUACUUCGCUGAGGUGGACAGCCCCGACACAGUGUUCACCAGCAUCCCCGAGGCCUUCUGGUGGGCUGUGGUCUCCAUGACGACAGUGGGCUACGGGGACAUGUACCCUACGACUCUGGGGGGCAAGCUGGUGGGCUCCAUGUGUGCCAUCGCUGGCGUGCUCACCAUCUCACUGCCAGUCCCCGUCAUUGUGUCCAACUUCAGCUACUUCUACCACCGAGAGACGGAGUGUCUCGAGAAAAUCAGUGAGUACACCCACAUCAGUACCUCUCUCUGGGAGGGUGAGGACGAGGAGGGGGACGAGGGGGAGGGAGAUUACACUCCCCUGUAUGUGGGUGAUUGCAGGGGAAUCUGUAACCCCCUCAAUGGGACACUGCUGUCAGGACUGUGUGCAGGGCAGGACGGGGAGGAGAAUAAAGGCAACGUGUACCUCAGGGAACCCCUGGUCACUCAGGUGUGAGACAGGAUGGAUGGAUAGACAGAGGAUCUGCUGAAUACAACCCUGGUACACUGCCUCUAAGUUAAAUAGAGAGAAAGAAAAAGGAGGAUGUCAAAGUAAAGGAGAAAAAAAUAAACUAUAUUACACAAGAACUUACUUGCACGCUUGCACCGUCAAUGGCUUACACUGUUUACUACAAACAGAACUGAUGAGACCAUGGCAGAGAUAUUCAAGUCACACACAGUGUUCAAAGACCGACAGCUUGGACAUCACUUUUAUAAAGAUUGCUUUUUGCUAAUGUCACUGAGAUACGAGUAUGAUGCCAUCAUAUUGACAAUAAAAACAGCUGAAUGUAUAUUUAUUUAUUAUAUAUUUACCAGAUUGUAAUAAUUGUCUAUACAGUACAUAAAAUUAUAGCAAUUGUAAAUGUUGGUGUUUUUAAGACAUGAGUGAAUUGCAGUGCCAUUUUAUUCAUUAUUGUGUGCUAGCUAGCUAGAUGCACAGGGCCGUUUUGAAUGUGUAGAGGGGUUGACUAAGGGCGUUUUCACACUUGGUCCCUUUCAGACAAGUUUUGUGAACCCAGUGCAGUUAGCUAAUUUUUUUGUGCAGUGUAAACACUCCCAAAGGAACUCAGACCCCCUCAGAAGAGCCCCCUAAGCGAACCGAACUGAGACCAUCUCGAGAGGUGGUCUGAGUUCAGUUCGCUUGAAUUCCGAGGUUCGGUUCCCUUUUUUAAGGCAAUGUGAACACAAAGCUCCCCAGGUUCGCUUGUCAUUAUUCCUGCAUGACACACUAGACUACUGCAACAUUAGUUCCCCUGCCAUAACCCCUCACAUUGGUGCGACAAAAGAGAGAAGAGGAUGUGCAGGUUUGUGGAAAAAAACGUGAUGUUUGUCGAUAUUGAUUAGCGAAUGUCAAGAAUCCACAGACAUUUUUAGUUUUUAGUUCAGAUUAUUUGUUUGCCAUAUGUGAUCUAUUGGCUAAAAUAGCUUCAUAAACUGUUUAUUCAAUUGUGGGGUUUGAAUAGUGUGAGAAGAAAACAACAUAUUUGGUGAGAAUCACAACAUAGGGUCCAAAAUCAAU